AUGGAGACUAAACAGAAGCAGCCGUAUGUUGAAGGUUUGAGAAAGAGUUUGGGGUACGAUGAGAUGAUUACUGUGGAACCUGUGGGUUUGAGUGGUGGUCUGGCGGUUUUUUGGAAAAAUAACUUUGAGGUAGAAGUCAUAUCGAUGAAUAACAGAAUCAUUGAUAUGAGAAUAAAGAUGGGUUCGUUAAGUUUUUUUCUCUCUUGUGUCUAUGGUGAUCCAAUCAAGGCACGAAGGAGGGAAGUUUGGGAGAAUUUGGCAAGUAUUGGUCUGGCCCGUGAUGAAGCAUGGGUCUUAGUGGGUGAUUUCAAUGAAUUGAUGAACAAUUCCGAGAAGAUGGGUGGUCCCCUGCGGAGUGAAUCUUCAUUCUGGGACUUUCGCUCAAUGGCGAUUAACUGUAAACUACGAGGAGCUUCGAGCUUUGGCAACGAUGAAUGGUUCCAGCUAUUCCCGCGCUCGCAAGUGGAGUAUUUGGAUAUGUGGGCAUCAGAUCAUAGACCUCUCCGAGUCAGCUUUGCUCUGGAAACUGAAGAUCCAAGCAGAGGGAGGUUCUAUUUUGAUAAAAGAAUGAUUGAGAAGGAAGGUUUUGAAGAGGUUAUCCUGAGAGGCUGGAAUGCAGGAAGUUUGAGCUGUAAUCUUCUCGACCGUAUCAGUAGUUGUCGACGUGAGGUGGCUAAAUGGAAGAGAACAGCUGAUCUUAACUCCCGUAGUAAGAUCCAUAGGCUGAAACAGGCCCUGGAAUGUGAGAUUGUAAAGCACAUGCCUAGUUACUCGUUGAUGAAAAACCUUAAAUUUGAUUUAGCUGAAGCAUACAAACAAGAAGAGAUUUUCUGGAGACAGAGGAGUCGAGAGCAGUGGUUAAAGGCAGGUGACCGAAAUACUAAGUACUUUCAUAAUUGUGUGAAAGGAAAAAAAAUCCAAAACAGAAUCCUGAUGCUCAAGGACGAUGCAGGCUCUGAGAACUUCUCUGAAGGAGCGAAAGGUAAUAUUGCGGUGGAAUACUUUAGGGAGCUCUUUAUGAGUUCGAACCCCUAUGACUUGGAUUCCUUAUUUGAGGGGUUUCAGGGGAGAGUGUCCCAGGAAAUGAAUGCUAUCUUGACUGCGUCGAUAUCUGUUGAAGAGAUAAAACAGGCAGCUUUUGGACCUAGUGUAAUAGCAGAGGUGCAAGGCUUCUUUAACACCGCUAUCCUCCCUCCUGGCUGGAACCAUACACAGAUUUGCCUCAUCCCUAAGAUCCCCAAUCCCACGCUUAUGAAGAACAUGAGACCAAUCAGCCUGUGUUCGGUGCAAUACAAGAUCAUUUCACGAAUAUUAUGCGAUCGUCUGAAGGUGUUUCUGCCGGCAAUCAUUUCCGAAACACAAGGGGCUUUUGUCUCCGGCCGACUGAUCUCCGACAACAUCAUGAUAGCACAUGAGAUGGUGCAUGGCCUUCUCACAAAUCCCAGAGUCUCUGAUGAGUUUAUGGCGGUUAAAACUGAUAUGUCGAAGGCAUAUGACCGUGUGGAAUGGUGUUUCUUAGAAGUCCUAUUGGAGAAAAUUGGGUUUGAUAGGGUAUGGUUCCGGUGGAUUAUGUCUUGUGUCAGCUCCGUAACAUACACUGUCCUCCUCAAUGGCCGCUCUCAUGGCUACAUUAAACCAGAAAGAGGUAUCCGCCAGGGAGAUCCUCUCUCUCCUUUCCUCUUCAUUAUGUGUGCUGAAGCCUUGGUAAGUUGUCUAAACCAUUCUGAAGCUGUGGGUACACUUACUGGUAUCAAAUUGGCGGCUACUGGUCCGGCGGUCCACCACCUCCUCUUUGCAGACGACAGUCUUCUGAUGUGCAGGGCUUCGAAGGAGGAAGCAGGGGAACUGAACCGGUGCCUCAAACUGUAUGGGGAUGCCUCUGGUUAA